UAUGAUAAUUGUGGAGAUGAAAAGGCACUCAGGGUACACCCAUUUCUAUCACAUCACACAAAUGUUGAUAUAUUCAUACUUGUGUUUCAAGUUUAACUGCUGAAAAUGAAAUGUAAAGUUUUCAAACGAUUGAGGUUAAUGAUAGUGUUUUUAAUGCUCUAUGUGACUUAUAAUUUUGUUUCAGUCACCACUAAGCUUAUGGUAGUACGUCCGUCUGUUAAUACAGAAGGGGCCAAUGACAAUGCACAAACUUACACCACACGAAAGAUCUACGGAAUUCCUGAAUUCCCCGUAUUUUCUGUUAUUGCAGUCAAUUCAUCGGCAGGAAAGGAAUGGGACAUAUUUGCAGUCAAUGCGUGGAUUAAUCAAACGGCUGCCAAGGAUGUUCAAUUCUGUUGUUAUUUAAUGGGCGGUGGGAAAAUAAUAACACUACGGUCUUUGAGAAUCAACCAACGGAUUGAAAUGUUUAACUUGACAGCGCAAGUUGAAUGUCCAAACCCAAGUACUAUUCUGAAAAAGCGAUCCAGUCAUUCCCAUUUGGUAGGCCUAACUAUUAGUAGAACGGGUGUGUGUAUUUCUGGAAAUGAUUUUGUGAAACCUUACUAUCCUUUAAAACAGACAAAUAAAUUCAGUUUUGCUAUAUGUGGGAAGUUAAUUUAUGGUGAUAUAAACAUUCCCUUGACCUUAGAAUGGAUGGAAUAUAAUAGAUAUAUGGGUGUGAGCAAAGUGGUCUUGUACGAGUACAAUAUAUCGUCAGAGGUUUCAAAAAUACUCAAGUAUUACCAAUCAACGGGGUUUGUGGAUGUCAUCCCGUUCAGCUUGCCGUCGUACGCAGAUACAGUUGCACACCGGCCUGGCAUGAAGACUGUACAAGCAUGGAACGAUGAACAGAUUCUUGUUUACGAUUGCCAAAGCCGGCUGCGUGGUUACAAAUAUGUCGGUGUCAUCGACAUGGAUGAAUUCAUCGUACCGGUUACAGACAGAAAUUUUGAAAACAUGCUGGGACGGUUGAUCUACGUUCUCCCGAACAUGGCUGCUGCUGAAGUUUACGGCGAGAUGUUUAUUUUAGACUGGAAGAAGACGAAUAAAGCAGGCAAGCUAAUCAUAGAGCAGUAUGAAAAUAGGACGGUGUCUAAGGCCCCUAUUGACAUUAAUCAAAGAAAACUGAUCCACCUUCCUUCCAGGGUACAGAGAGGAAGCGUCGUCACACAUGGGUGCAAAGCUCUAAACUCCACGUAUGCCAUAUUUAAGGACCCUUUAUCAGUAAUGAGCAUAAAUCAUUAUCGUAAGUGCGUGUAUUUUCGGGACGAUUGCUUUACACGUGCACAAGUUACAGACAAGAGGAUUUCAAGGUUCUUGAAAAAGGUCGAAAUUGCUGUCCAUAAAACAAAACAAAUAUUGAAUAUGCCUAUCUAGUGACGUCUGUACUUUAAUCAAUAGGGUUUACGUCGUAUCGGAUCUUCAUUCUCCCACGUGUUCUCUCAUUUGUUAAAUAAACGAGCUUAAAGUUUAAACGUGUGUUUGUUUUCUUGGGUUUAACGAAAAGGAAAGAGGGUGUAGACCGAUUUGUGACGAAACGCCGCCAGACUGAAGACACAGACACUUUAGCGGGGCGUCGCGCAGUAAACGAACCUAGUUUCGUUUUCUCUGUGAAUCAUUUGCCAUAAACACAUGAAAAUUAACAUGAAACCUGUCUUAUUAUACUGAAAAUACAUCCUGCGUAUGAAAACCCCCAAUUUUACAAGCAAAAAGUGCCAAUAAAAUGAAAAAUUGAGGGUUCUUUAUGGGUACUUCUUUCGACUACAUUUCGACCGACUUGCGGUGAAUUGCUAACCCCCAUUAGAAAAUAUAGCCGAAAACACGCGUAAAUUCGAUAAGACACUGCAAACCGAGCGAAAAAAAGGCAAGAAAACGUAGGAUCAAAUGCUGGUGUCAGACAGAACUUUGUGUCAGUAAGAACUUUCCCUGCGAAUCAUGUGAUGUCAGACUGAACAUUUGUGGUCUACCGAUCCGACUUGAACACCUCGUAUUCGGAAGUAAUGGAGAUUUCGCCGGGAUAUUUGGUAUAGAAAAAGAGAUAGAAUGUUGGACAUUUUAUUGUGGGUAAUGCCAAGCUUUUGCUUCAGAAAUGAUAAAAAAAUCCUCGGUUCAAUAUCCAAAACAAUUAGCCAUCUGUGUGGUUAUUUGGAUGUCUUUUUAAUUCAGAAAACAUUCCUUUAGGUGCCUCUUUCUAUCCUCGAAGGCAUCUGUUUUUAUUGAUUCACAUUGUUUGUAGACAAAAUUGAAAAUACUUAUUGCAAAACAAAAAUAGUGUCACGUUGUCCGAUCCGGUGUCAUGGUGUCUUGUGGUGUCGCGUUAUCACGUUAUAGAGUGUGAUAUACUGUACAUUACAUAUUCUACAUGUUAUUAAAUACAUGUAUAUAACAUUGUAACUAGUACAGUCUACACUUUGCUUCAGUUUGUAAGAAGUACAAUGUUGUGAACUGCUAAAAGUGUCACUUUCACAAAUUGUUAAACAAUGUAUACAUCGUGGUCUUUUACAUUUACUAGACCUGAAAUAUGUAUAUGUAUUAGUAGACAACUCUUUUGCUUUAACUAAUGUAUCUUUGAGAGGCUUACAUUUAUGCAUUUAUCAUGCGCCGUUUAUUGCAUUUUCUUACAUUUCGUUUGCUAAAUUCAAUGCCUGUUUUAUAGCUUGGCAUAAUGGAAACGUUUCUAUAACCUAAUAUAUGGAAAAAACAUUAAAAUUCUUUACAAAUAAAUGUUUAAUUAGAUCAUGUAUACUUUAGUAAAGUCAGCACAUUCAAUUGUAAGUCGCGCAAUACUUCCUAUCAAGUGUCAUGAAAAUAUGACAAGGCUUUUCAAACAAAUUGUUGUUUUAAAACAUCAAAAUGUACAAACCUGAUCAGGAAAUAUUUGGUACAAGAGACACAAUCAACUCAAGUAAAAGUUUGCGUCCGAAAUUGCUUGAAGUAGAAAUUUGCAACAAAAAAGAUCUUGAACAAGUAUGAAAUCAUUCGUGAAACAUGCAGAACCAAACUUUUAUCAAUUUCUUCACAAAUAGUUGUUUUGUCACGUUUAAGGGCCCCAAAACAGGCUAGUUUGAUCAUAAUAAUUAACAAAUCGACUAGAAACAACGCCGUCAAAAUAUCAAAAAUACGCACAUGACCAUUUUAUACGUUCAAUAACUUUGACAGUUCGAAAUCUACGACGCUGAAACGCACAACCGAGUGUGACGUAGUCAUAGAACUGAUGCAUGCACACAUCCAUAGAGUUCGAAAUACCAUAGAAACCCACUUACCUGAUGGAAAAAACAAGCUUUAGCAAAUAUCAGCCAUUUUGCAAGUUUGCAACUAUUUCGCUCGCCUGAAGUAAGUGUGCAACCAUCACGUCCUGCCACUUGCCUUGCAUUAUUUAUAAUGUACAUAUUGGUGAACAUUUGUAGGUUUUACAUAAACAGUAGUUUUAGGUUUUUCUCUUUUAAUAUGUUAUUAGGGGGAAGGAAACAAAACGUUUUUUUCUCAUUAUAACUCUUCAAAAGUUAUCUCUCGUUAUACGAUAUCAUGAUAUUACUAUAUCCGUGCUACAGUUUGAAAAUUUACAUUUACGCUUAAACGGAGAACAAACAUAUUAAAGAAUGAAAUAGAAUACUUGAAUUGCCCUUCACAGUUUUAAUGAACCAUACAUAGUUAUUUGAAAAGAUGGCUUUGUGAAUUGCAAAUAUGAACCAAAAAUGACAGCAUAUUAAAUAUAGAAAAAAUAUGUUUUACAUUUAGCAAAAUCAUUGAACUUCUGCUCUUCUUCAAGCUAUUGGUUACUUCAGAUGUGUCAUGUCUGAUUGUGUAGCGUCAAUGUUCGUGAAUUGUUCAGGCUUGAUUUUCUUUCUUUCUUCACUCUUGUACCAUAACCUUUUAUGAAAAGUAAAAUGUUGGUGUCCUUGUACCCUUUUUAAAAAGAUCCCGCUCCCUGUUAUGAUUUUAUUAUAGGUAAGUCCCGGACUAUAGGGGCCUUCUGUUGUUUGUACUCGGAUAUAAUUUAGGUAGACUUUAAAAAUAGGUGAAGGAAUUAUCAAGGUGGCGCAUCGCGGUUGCGUGUAAAAGUACACAUUUUACUAUAUAAACAAGUCAAUUUUACUAUCGCAACGUCUCCUUCAUAAUAAUACCAUAAAUGACGUCGACGUCAUAGAGGAUAUCACAUGAGUGUCUUUUCAUUUUUAGCUCACCUGUCACAAAGUGACAAGGUGAGCUUUUGUGAUCGCGCGACGUCCGUCGUCCGUGCGUGCGUCCGUGCGUGCGUGCGUCCGUGCGUCCGUAAACUUUUGCUUGUGACCACUCUAGAGGUCACAUUUUUGUGGGAUCUUUAUGAAAGUUGGUCAGAAUGUUCAUCUUGAUGAUAUCUAGGAUAAGUUCGAAACUGGGUCACGUGCCGUCAAAAACUAAGUCAGUAGGCCUAAAAAUAGAAAAACCUUGUGACCUCUCUAGAGGCCAUAUAUUUAAUAAGAUCUUCAUGAAAAUUAGUCAGAAUGUUCAUCUUGAUGAUAUCUAGAAAAAUUUCGAAACUGGGUCAUGUGCCAUCAAAACUAGGUCAGUAGGUCUAAAAAAGAAAAACCUUGUGACCUCUCUAGAGGCCAAAUAUUUCACAAGAUCUUCAUGAAAAUUAGAAAGAACGUUUACCUUGAUGAUAUCUAGGUCAAGUUGGAAACUGGGUUACGUGCCGUCAAAAACUAGGUCAGUAGAUCUAAAAAUAGAAAAACCUUGUGUCCACUCUAGAGGCCAAAUAUUUCACAAGAUCUUCAUGAAAAUUGGUCAGAACGUUCAACUUGAUGAUAUCUAGAUCAAGUUUGAAACUGGGUCACGUGUCGUCAAAAACUAGGUCAGUAGGUCAAAUAAUAGAAAAACCUUGUGACCUCUCUAGAAGCCAUAUAUUUCAUGAGAUCUUCAUGAAAAUUAGUCAGAAUCUUCAUCUUGAUGAUAUCUAGGUAAAGUUUGAAAGUGAGUCACGUGCCUUCAAAAACUAUGUCAGUAGGUCAAAUAAUAGAAAAACCUUGUGACCUCUCUAGAGACCAUAUUUUUCAUGGGAUCUGUAUGAAAGUUGGUCUGAAUCUUCACCUUGAUGAUAUCUAGGUCAAGUUUGAAAGUGUGUCACGUGCCAUCAAAAACUAGGUCAGUAGAUCAAAUAAUAGAAAAACCUUGUGACCUCUCUAGAGGCCAUAUUUUUCAUGGGAUCUAUAUGAAAGUUGGUUGAAUAUUCAACUUGAUGAUAUCUAGGUCAAGUUUGAAACAGGGUCAUGUGCGGUCAAAAACUAGGUCAGUAGGUAUAAAAAUAGAAAAACCUUGUGACCUCUCUAGAGGCCAUACUUUUGAAUGGAUCUCCAUAAAAAUUGGUCAGAAUGUUCAUCUUGGUGAUAUCUAAGAGAAGUUCGAAACUGGGUCACGUGCCGUCAAAAAGUAGGUCAGUAGGUCAAAUAAUGUAAAAACGUUGUGACCUGUCUAGAGGCCAUAUUUUUCAUGGGACCUGUAUGAAAGUUGGUCUGAAUGUUUAUCUUGAUGAUAUAUAGGAUAAGUUUGAAACUGGGUCAACUGCAAUCAAAAACUAGGUCAGUAGGACUAAAAAUAGAAAAACCUUGUGACCUCUCUAGAGGCCAUACCCUUGAAUGGAUCUUCAUAAAAAUGGUCAGAAUGUUCACCUUGAUGAUAUCUAGAUCAAGUUUGAAACUGGGUUACGUGUCUCA